UAGUACCCCUUUCUUAUAUAGGAGCUAGCACUAGUCUCUGUGCUAUGGCUGUUCCACUAACAGAAAGAAUGACACUAGGACAGAUGAUCUGGUUUUAUUAUACGGCCAUGACCUGUGUCCUGUUGACCACAAUAGCUGCUGAUGGGCCACAUGAACCAGGUUGGAAAGGUGCCAGAAAUCAACCCCAGACUAAUGUCUGGGACUCAAAGUUGUAUCCAGAAUGGACAGAAGCCGGAAUUCGGGGUCUUGACUGCUGGAGAGGAGGCCAGGUGACACUGGAGGUCAGUAAUGAUGCCCCAACUCUGACUGGUGCCCAUGUUUCCUUCUCUAUUAUCUUGCACUUCCCUGCAAGCCAGCAGGUCUUGCCCAAUGGACAUAUUAUUUGGACUGGCAAUGGUACUAUCAAUGGGAGCCAGGUAUGGGAUGGACAACCUGUUUAUCCUCAAGAUUCUGAUGCUGCCUGUGUCUUCCCUGAUGGACAACCCUGCCCAUCUAAGGCUGGACCUCAUAGGAGCUUCAUCUAUGUCUGGAAGACUUGGGGAAAAUAUUGGCAAGUUUUGGGAGGUCCAGUGUCCAAACUGAGUAUUGAGACACUUGGAGUAGCUACAGGUCCCCAUACCAUGGAAGUGACAGUUUAUCAUCACCGAGGACCUCGGAGUUAUGUGCCCAUUGCCAGAGGCUUGUCUACCUUCACCCUUACUGACCAGGUUCCAUUCUCUGUGAGUGUGUCACAGCUUCAGGCUCUGGAUGGGGGAGAGAGACACUUUCUGAGAAACCAGCCCUUGAUCUUCAACCUCCAGCUCCAUGAUCCUAGCAGCUAUUUGUCCCAGGCUGAUCUAUCCUACACUUGGAAUUUUGGAGAUGGCAGUGGGACUCUCAUAUCCCGAGCACCCACUGUCACUCACACAUACCAGGUGUCUGGCCCUGUAACUGCCCAGGUGGUUUUAGAGGCUGCUAUUCCCCUAACUUCCUGCAGGACUUCUCCUGCUCCAGGCACUGAUCUCCCAAGCACCCAACCCUUGGGCACCACAGAUGGAAGAAUAACAACUUCAGAAACCCCUGGAACCACAGCUUGGGAGGUUCCAACCACAAUGGCCUUUACUCCCACAGCCACGGAGAUACCAACUACAGUGGCCUCUGGCACCACUAUUAGGGAAGCACAAACUAUACAGGUCUCUGGGACUACAGCUGGAGAAGUACCAACUGCAGUGUUCCCAGUUACCACUGCUGAAAAAAUGCCAACUGUAGCACCAAGUGCUAAUACAGACGAGGGGGUUUCAGUCACAGACAUAAUAAGAAAUGUAACAGGAACAGGACAAACUAUGGAAUCUGUGGAGACCUCUGAUAUGGUCAUGGUAAGCCCAGGCACCAGCCCAGCUAUUCCUGAACAGAGCACCUCAGAGGUACCCACAACCCCUUCUUUAAGACCAGAAGCCACCAAUCUCCCUGGAACAACAGGAUUAUCAGUCCUCCCCUCUGCUGGCACAGCUGAACUGGCUCUGGUGAAGCGUCAGAUUCCUCUGGACUGCAUCCUGUAUCGGUUUGGCUCAUUUGCUCUCACCCUUGACAUUGUCCAGGGCAUUGAGAGUGCUGAAAUCUUGCAGGCUGUGCCUGUCAGUGAAGGAGAUGCAAUUGAACUGACUGUAUCUUGCCAAGGCGGGUUGCCUGAGGAAGUUUGCACAGAGAUCUCAUCUCCUGGAUGUCAGCUCCCUGUCCAGAAACUGUGCCAGCCUGUAGUGUCUAGUCCAGACUGUCAGCUGGUGCUACACCAAGUUUUGGAGGGAGGGGCAGGGCUCUACUGCCUAAAUGUAUCUCUGGCUGAUACCAACAGCUUGGUUAUGGCCAGCACUCAGCUCAUAGUCCCAGGACAAGAAACAGGCACCCAGAAGGCUCCGCUGCUGGUAGGCGUUAUGUUGGCUAUAGUGGCAAUAGCCUUGGCAUUUCUAACGUACAGGCGGGUAAAACGGGGCUCAGCUCUUCCACAAUCCUGGCUGCCUCAACGUACUGUUCACUGGUUGAGAUUACCCUCUUCCUUCUAUCCAGGCCCCAGUGGAGAAAGUAGCCCUCUCCUCAAUGGGCACCAGGUCUGAGACCUCAAAGCAUCUAAAAACUAGUCCACAGCUUGGAAGAACUCAGAUCUUCCCCUCACUUCUCUCCCCCAUAACUACCCUGUCAUCACCUGAAUUAAAAAUUUUGAACACAA